GGGUAAUUACUACUCACAAGCAAUUAUCCUUGGUUAUAUUUUUAGUGUCUUUCUUUUAUUUCCUCAAAUUCUAGAAUUUGAUAUCUUCUCUUGUCUUUCCUCUUCAAAAGUUCAGGAAAGAAAGUUAAUGGAAACAAUAUUUUCAGUAAAACUUUUAUAAAUAGGAAUAGUAGUUCAUGUUGUCAUGUUUGUUUAGUAGGGAGGCAUUUGAUGAGUAAAUGGCAUAAAUGGGACACGUCCUUUAUACCAAAGGGGGUAUGAACAGAUAAUGCCCAAACAUGUCUCAACUCUCAAGAAGACACAAAGAAGCUCCCCCUCUCUCUGUCUCUCCCCCCACGGAUCCCUUUAAACUUCAUAGUUAUGCUGCUUUAAGACUAGAAAACCAUUAAUUGGAUUCAGUAAAUAUGAUAUGAUUUCCAAUCUAUUUUGCAUUUGUUAUAUUUCUGUGACACUUUCUUAAAAUUGUCAUGGACUUGAGGCUUAUGCCUCGAGCCUUACGCAUUGCGUCUCCCUCUCCAUGGAAAACCACCUCUGGUACUCCCCUCGAUUAUCACAACAAUGGGGUCAGCGCUAAAUAUCUUUCUCAACUAAAUUAGAGGUGUGCUGAUUAUUGCGAAUUAAUUUUUUCCUUUUAUUUUAAAAAACACAACAUCCAGACCUUUGAAUUUUUAAUUUCAUUUCUCUGUUGAAACCCUAAAUUGCGAAUCUGCUUGGCAGUCACGGCAAGGUUGCAUCCACACCAAGAAGCUCCAGGGAGAUCAAACAUGUUUUAAGCUUCAAUGCCUUCACCAUUCCUUCAUCCAAAUGGGAACAGGCUUCAACUGCACCAGUAAACUCGUGAGUUGCCAUGUUCUGAGCACUGUAAGUAUUUAAACAUUUUGUUAUCAAUUAUCAUGUUCCGUUCACCUAGUUGGCCAGUCUGUAGCGUGGUCCUGAGGAUUAACUUUAUUUACUGUCACCUUGUUAAAGGGAGGGAAGAACAAGCGGACCUUGUUGAAUCUAACUUGGUCAAAAAAAAUCUUUCCUUUGCCAUGGCAAAAUAUUUUUGCUCCUUUGUGGUUAUAGAAUGGAAAAGGAUAUUUAUUUAUUUAGUUUUAAGGGAAAACUAUCAAAUAAGCCCUUCUACUUUAUCAAAAACGGCAAUUAAGCCCUUGUACUAUAAAAACACCCCAUCAAACCCUCCAAGUCAUACAAAACACCCAAAUUUGACAUUUAGGCAGUAACUAACAGGUUUUCCGGUAACCUGAUUACCUGGCAACCUAUGUGGCAUUAUUUUUAAUUUUUUAAUUUUUCUUUUUUAAUAAAAUCCAUCUCUGCGUUUUCCUUUUCUUCUCACAACGUGGACAACUGCAGCUUCUUUUCUUCCUCCAGGUCGCAUCCUCCUCAAAAUUUUCUUCUGAUAUUCACAACUAUAUUCUCAGUAUUCCUUUAAGCCGAAGGGCAGUCCCCGAUCGGAUAAUUUGGAAGGGGGAGCAAAAUGGAAAUUCUCAGUUCGUAGUUGUUAUAGAAGACUUACUGGAGAGAUUCAACAGGAUGGUUGAUGGGGCUGGACGUCGGUCUGGAAUUGGAAGCUACCGCUGAAAAUCAAGACUUUAUUUUGGCAGAUUUGUAAUGGUUCGUUACCAACGAUGGUGAACCUUCGUAGACGGCGAGUGGACUGUGCCGUGAAGUGUGGGCUUUGUGGGGCUGAGGAUGAAUCUCUUCUUCAUUUGUUUGUGUUCUGCCCGGUGGCUGCUGGCCUGCUGCAGCGUGGCGCUCGGUGGGCUGGGAUUUCUAAGGACAGGAGAUUAACUCCUUUAUGGGUUGGCUGCAGGGAGUAUUUUCCAGCAGGGAAGGGGGAGGAGCUGUUGAAAGUUUCUUGGGGAUGUUGGGGUUUGUGGUCCGAAAGGAACAGAAGGGUGUGGCAGGGAGGGAGUCUCGGUCCUGGACAGUUUAUGCGUAAGGCAGGGAGCUUUGUGGCAAGUUGGAGAUUGGUCCAGAUUUAGGAAGGCAGAACGGGGCAAGGAGCAUUAUGAAAUUCUUAACGCUGGAGGCGACCAAGAGAGGGAUGGCUAAAAGCUAAUGUGGAUGCUUGCGUUGGCAGUCAAGGGCUCGGUUUAGGCUGGGUGAUCCGUGAUGACGUUGGGAAUUUUUUAGCAGCCGGUACUCACAGGAAGGAGAGCCGUUGUUCUCCUUUGGAGGCGGAGCUUUUGGGUAUCCGGGAGGUGCUAAGUUGGCUGAAGGAGAAGACAUGGGACUCAGUGGAAAUCGAGUCUAACUCUCUAUUGGCGGUUUCUGAGAUUCAUAAUGGCACAAGUAUUUCUUCGGGAGGAUUGUUGGCGGAAGACAUUCGUGAUUUGAGCUCGGGUUUUAUUAACAUUUCUUUUUCAUUUGUAAGACGUUCAGCGAACAGGGUUGCUCAUGCCUUAGCUAAGGACUAUUUUAUGUCUGAUAGUCAGAUUUGGUUUACUUCACCCCCAAGCUGUCUUGAGAACUAUUUGUCUUUCGAUUUGAUUAAUGCCAAUUAAUUUUAUUCCUUUCAAAAAAAAGUUAUUGGAGUAGAUGGGCGGUGACAGAGAUAAUAGGUGAAGUCGAAUGUUGGCGGUUAGUGAAGAUUGGCCAUAGCAGUUGGUGAAGGCGGACAGCGGCGGCUACGUCAUCGAUUAGUGGUUCCCUCCGACAUUUCUUUGUUCUUGGACUAAAAAGGUUGACCAAAUGUGAAUGAUGGAAGAAGAAAGCAACAAUGGGAAGAGAGAGCAAAGAUAGAAAAAAUAGAGAAGAAAAGCACGCCAGGUGGGUAGCCAGGUAAUCAGGUUACCGGAAAACCGGUGAGUUACCACCUAAAAGAUAGAUUUGAGUGUUUUGUAUAAGUUUGAGGGUGUGAUUGAGUCUUUUGAUUGAGUCUUUUUAUGUAAAACUAGUUUUCCCUAGUUCCUUAAUUUCUGUCUUACAAACAACUUUUAAAACUAGGGAAAACUAUCAUAUAAGCCCUUCUACUUUAUGGAAACUUAUAUAAAAACUAUCAUAUAAGCCCUUCUACUUACAAAUUGUUUACUGAAGAUUGAAAUUUUCACUCCACUAAACAAACAUGACAACAUGAACUACUAUUCCUAUUUAUAAAAGUUUUACUGAAAAUAUUGUUUCCAUUAACUUUCUUUCCUGAACUUUUGAAGAGGAAAGACAAGAGAAGAUAUCAAAUUCUAGAAUUUGAGGAAAUAAAAGAAAGACACUAAAAAUAUAACCAAGGAUAAUUGCUUGUGAGUAGUAAUUACCC